AUGGCCGACGAAGAGACACAGGGCAAAUCUUGUUUAGUCCAUUUAAAAGGCGUUAAGGAAAAGAUAAAUACUUUUACUGAGCAAACUUUCACUAAAUUUAAAAACUGUCGACUUCAGUGGCUGCAAUUACCAGGUACAUCGUCAGAAAUAGCUCACGAGAGUCUGAAAAUAUGUGCGAAUGAAGAACUAGAUUUUUCUAAGUACUAUUUCCAUAAGUACUGUUACCGCCAAUUUACCGACGUAACAAAGAUAAGAAGGGCAGAAUCUAAGCAGCAAAAGCUCCUAGCUGUAGAGCAGUCGGAAAUAAAUCAGUGUGAAGUUGCUACCGCCUCGAUUAAUCCAAGAAAGCGUACACGUUCUGCCAUAAUAUCACCGUUAGUCGAAAUUCCUGCGAGAAAUAAUGAGGUUCUUCCAAAUGUAUGUAUUAUAUGCAAGAAAGAAAAGAUAUAUGUAAAAGAUAAGGUAAGCAUUUGGUAGUAUAGAAAUUAUAGCUAAAUUUGCCAUCCUAUUUAUUUAUAUUACAUAGCACUUUAUAAAAAUUGUAUAUGAAUGA